AGGCAGAAGAGGCACGCAAGAUGUUGGCUUUGUUGGAAGGGGAUGAAGAAGGCCGCUCGAUUUAUAUGGAGGCAGUUGGAAGGGAUGUGGAAGGUUCGUUGCCUUGUGCCUCACGUUUGCGAUUCGAUUGGAUGCAAGAAAGAGAUCGAAGUGGAGAAGAACCCUUGGGCGUUGACUUCGACCAUCCUGCGUUCUCACGCGGUCGGGUCCAUCUUUCUGAUUUGACCAAAAUUAAUAGCCGUCGUUCUUCCAGAAAAGGGGUCGUUCGAGAAGCUUCUCGUGCUUCUUUCGUGGAUGGCGGAACGUCACCCAGGCGUCUGACAGAUGCGCGGGCACCGUUCGCUGAUCGAUUAUUCUUCGACGGAGUGGGAUUUCUUGAUCAAGGUGGAUGUCUCUUCACCUCAAAUCUGCUGCUGCUAAAGCAGUAGUUGAGAUGGGUCAGGAAUCAUGGACAUAUCGAUGUUGGUCUCUCGUGAUGUUGCCCUCUGAAUCCAAUCCCAACAACAUUUCGGAUGAAUUGGUGGGUUGCGGCAUUAUUUGACUUGUAUUGGAUCUGGUUGUGUUGUAUCCAGGGUUUAUAUCGGCUUCGUAUAACGGUUCCGUUCCAAUAUAACAGCCGGGUGACCAAUUAUCUCGUUCACAAAGUAUCUCUUCAGGACGACGGAGAUGGGACAAGUGGCAGAAAAUUAAGGGAGGUGGUGACGUGGGCGCCACCACCCGUCUCUACUGGUAAUG